GGAGGUGAAACAAGGCAAUGUAGAGGGGCGGCGCGUAUAAUUCCCCAAAUUCAUAUGUGCAUUUAUUCUUGACCUUUCUUUUCAAUAGAUUGAGAAAUCCCUAAGAUUUCUGCCAACUGGAAUUUUUUUGUUGUGUCUCACAAGAAUAAUUUCUAGGGUUCUUCGAGUUUGAAGAUGGAGAGCGAAAGGAAAUUGAUAUACCAUGAGACGCAAAAAUUACAAUUUUGCUUGUUGCACUCUCUCAACAAUCUCUUCCAGGAGAAAGAUGCAUUUACUCGAGCAAAUUUGAAUGCCAUUGCUGAAAAACUGACCUUCGGUGACCCAAACAAGGCAACCUGGACUCCUUUGUCUGUGAUCUUUAAGCCUCAUCAUAAUUCUCUAACAGGAAAUUAUGAUAUUAAUGUAUUAAUUGCCGCUCUUGAAGAAAGAGGGAAAAGAGUAAUGUGGCAUGAUCGCCGAAAUGGGACAUCUUCAAUUGAUCUAGAUGGGUUGAGAAAUGAAUUGUUCGGUAUUAUAGUUAAUGUUCCAGUAAGAAGGUAUGCUGGCCUAUGGAAAAGUAGGCAUUGGGUUGCAUUGAGAAGGAUUGAAGGAGUCUGGUACAAUUUGGAUAGUGAUUUUCCUACUCCUUAUUGUUUUAAAAAUACUGAAGAAAUUAGGGAGUUCUUGGACAGUGUAAUGUCCACUGGAGCUGAGGUUUUGCUUAUCAUGAAUGAUAAAGAAUAAGUUUCAUUUUACUUUUAUUUUUAUGCCACAAGUGUAACUUUAACCUGCAUUUUGUACUAGCCAGUGUGAUUGAACUGUAGAAUUAUGAGAAAUGUUGUGUGAAUAUAAUUUUUCAUAGAAUUUAGGGCAUAUUGUCUUCUAAUAUAUCAAUGUGGACAUGAUGCAACUUGAAAGAUUUUCAUAAAGCA